AUGGCUCCUCGCGUAGAGGAUCCUGCUCACCCAGGCGAACAGACAGCUCGCCAUUACGAUGUAAUCGUGGUCGGUGCUGGCAUGGCUGGACUGCGGAUAGUGAUUGAGUUACGCAAGCUUGGCUUGAGUUUCCUAAUACUCGAGGAAGGUGGCGAAGUUGGGGGAACAUGGUACUGGAACAGCUACCCGGGAGCCCGAACCGACAGUGAGAGCUGGGUCUACAUUCUGAACAUCUCCGAUGAACUGAACAAUGAUUGGACCUGGAAAGAACGUUACCCUAGCCAGACAGAGAUGUUGGACUACUUGAAACAUAUUGCAGAUCGCUUCGAUAUACGCAAACAUGUUCAGUUCGACACUCGGGUAAAAUCCGCCGAGUGGUGCGAUAGUCUGCAGUUCUGGCGGAUCACCUCCGUCUCUGGCCAGUCCUUCACGUCGAGAUUUUUCAUUCCUGCGGUGGGAGUCCUGUCGGUCGGUCGCGGCGUUCCUUUCGUGGGCGCGGAGAAGUUCAAAGGAGAAUCGUAUGUGUCGUCCGCGUGGCCCAAGAAGGACCUGGACUUCACCGGAAAGCGAAUCGGUCUCAUCGGCACUGGAGCCACCGGUGUACAACUCCUUCCGACUUUGGCACAUUGCGCUGCUUCAAUUACGGUCUUUCAAAGGACGCCGAACUACGUCCUCCCAGCACGAAACUACCCUUUAAGCUCUUACCAGAUGGACGAGAUCAAGAAAAAUUACGACCACGUGUGGCAGUUGGCGAGAAACGAAAUUUUUGGUAUUUCAAUUAUAGAUUCGAAAGUGUUCUUGAAAGACAUGAAAGAUGAGGCUGAGAUUCGGCGCGCCCUUGACUACGGUUGGGAAGUGGGCGGCUUCCGAUUCGUGUUCGAGACAUAUUGCGAUUUGCUUGUCAACAAAGAAGCAAAUACGAUUGCGUCCAACUACGUCCGCGACAAGAUCCGUGCAAUCGUCAAAGACGAAGCUACAGCCGAGAUUCUGUGCCCUAAGGAUCCAUUAAUGGCUAAAAGACCGCCGUUAGGUCAUUCGUACUACGAAACGUUCAACAAACCUAAUGUGGCCCUGGUCGAUAUCAAGGAUAAUCCAAUCAAGGAGAUCACCGCACAUGGCGUUCAGCUCACCGAAAAGGACAAGCGUUUCGAUACAGAUGUCUUCGAGUUCGAUGUUAUCAUCUAUGCUACCGGGUUCGACGUCGCCACCGGACCUUUGACAAGGUUAGCGGUCCGUGGUAAGGAAGGCCGUUUGCUCGGAGAGCAGUGGAGAGAGCAGCUGAAGACUCACCUGGGCCUCAUGGUUGAAGGCUAUCCCAACAUGUUCAUGAUGGCGGGUCCGCAAGUUCCAAUUGGCAACUUUCCGGUGCUCCUCGACAAUACCGCGAAUUGGAUCGGACAGUGCCUGGCAUACCUCCAGAAGAACAAUUACCAUACAGCGGACCCCUCGGGAGAAGCGAUGGAUAGGUGGAGCGAGAAAGUACAGGAGGUCUUCAGCGCAACGGUAAUGGCCGAGUCCGCGGGAAAGGCGGCGUCUUGGUUCGUUGGUGCAAAUGUGCCUGGAAAUCCUGUGCGUCCGCUAUUCUGGUUUGGAGGGUUUCCGUCAUAUUUCGAGAUGUGCAAUGCGGAGCAGAAUGCAGGAUAUCCUUCCUUGGUGGUAUCUUGA